ACCAGUGGUUCUCAACCUGUGGGUCCCCAGGUGUUUUGGCCUACAACUCCCAGAAAUCCCAACCAGUUUACCAGCUGUUAGGAUUUCUGGGAAUUGUAGGCCAAAAACAUCUGGGGACCCCAGGUUGAGAACCACUGCUCUAGACCCAUAAUCUAUUGGCAAAUAAACAACAUUUGCUAUUCAGGAAGGUUCUGUUUAGCUGAAUUAAGAGGCAAGAACUCAGUCCAUCACCACUCUCCAAAAACCCUUUCACUUGAGAUAGUUGCAGCUUCUCUUAAAAGGUUACAUAUUGCAUCACCCCAUUCCCCACCCUGCAGGCCGAGUUAAUGGCUAAAGUAGCCUUUGCUCUAUUCCUUCUUUUAAAAGCCUGUGCUCUUUUAGGCAAAUGUUGGCUAAGAUGUAGUGCAAACAUAGCUGAUGUGUGAUGGAGGGAAAUAUGUUAUUUAACAUCCCAUUUUUGAAUAAUGAAAACACUUCAGAUCAGCAUUAUUAGAACCGGAAGUAGUGAACACUAACUAAGUGCAUAUCACAAGGCUGCUAAAGAUGGGCAUGAAUAUUGUAGACAUCCCUAUGUCAAGUGGGAAGUUUUGGUAUCGCCAUGAUUCUGUCUCAAGUGUGACACUUUAAUUUCUGAGAGUUGUCACUUCUCAAUAAUAAUCAUAAUCAUAAUAAUACUUUAUGUAUAUACUGCUCUAUCUCCCCGGGGGGACUCGGCGGUUUCCAAGCAACAACAUCAAAACAUACAGAGUCACAACAUGAACAAAAAAUAACAGCAACAGCAACAUAAGCAUGGAAUUACCCAACAACAGUGGAUGUACCUUGCUUGCUCUGUCAUUUCUCUAUCCUGGAAGUUGCUGGAUGUGCUGGUUAACUAAUUCAUUAGCUUUUUCUUAUGGCCUCCAAACAAAAAGAGGAUCAAAAUAGGGAUUUCCCAUUAUAAGCAGUUGCCAAGUUAUGAACACUUGACUUACAUUACAAUGGCCUAGACAACAAAAAGAGAGGAAAUCUACUCCUAGGGUGGAAAAUUCACUUAUGUUAAGAGUUAUCAUGGGAAGUGCCUUGUUUCUACAACAACCCAAAGUGUUCAUAAUCCAAUUGUCACAUUGACAGAAAGUGAGGUGAAAACUUCUGAACAGGUAUAAAGGCAGCAAAAAAAUGUCUGGAGUUACACUUUAAAAUGUAUCUUUUCCGACUUACACACAAACAAGAAACCUAUCUUGUUCAUAACCUGAGGACUGCCUGUACAUCCCGCCUCUUCAGCAAUAUUUUGGGAAUUAAGGGAUGAAGGAAGCACAGCUCUGCCUCGGUGUUAUCGCACCAAUAUCUUAAUGAAUUAUCUGAAAAGGUUGCAUAGGGAAAAUAAUGAAACCUAGCAUGUGAUUAAGCAACAACCAAGCAUUACAAGCAUGAGUACACAAAGGUCUCUUCUGAACAAGUUGUGUCCUAUGGCAAGUAAGCGGCAUGGAAUGGUAUUGCUUCAAAUGCUCCUGUCAGGCAAAAACAUUGGGGAAGGUACUAUGCUGUAACAGGGCCAAUACUCGCUCAGUUAUCUUUUUGAGUCAGUGUAACACUAUCAUAAAAUAACCAGUGAGAACACAACUAAGGUAUUUAUUGGGGUCAGCAGGGCCUUUUAUUCUUUAAAAACAGUGGUUAAUGGUUAAGAGUUCCAGAUGGUAUAAAGUAGCCUGCAUUUCAAGAGGCAAUCCACACUGAGAAUGAUCUUUUGAGUGGUAAAAGGAGUAUAAAAAUGCUAUCUACAGCUCAAGAUGUGCAGGAAAAAUGAAAAAGAGAGAAUGCCACUUAACAGUAAUAACAUCAAAGACAUGCAUAGUACAGAAGUUCCUGAUGGAGGAUGGGGAUGGUUGAUUGUGUUUAACUUUUUUCUGGUAAAUUUAACUACAAUGGGAGCACUGAAAACGUUUACAAUUUUCUUUGUGGCCUUCCAAGAAGAUAUUGGUGGCUCGUCUGAACAUGUCUCCUGGAUUGGUUCUAUCAUGUCUUCUCUCCGAUUCCUAGCAGCCCCGCUGGUGACCAUAGUAUGUGAAAUGCUCGGGGAACGGAAAACGGCUUUGAUUGGAGCAUGUCUGGCUAGCGUUGGUUUUCUUUUCAGUACAUUGGCUACAGGCAUCUCCUUCCUCUGUGUAACUAUGGGAUUCCUAGCAGGAUUGGGUUUUGCUAUCUUAUACCAGAUAGCAGCAGUGAUGAUUGUGAAGUACUUCAAGAAACGCCUGGCUCUCGCCAAUGCAAUUGGCCGCUCAGGGAUGGGCCUGAGUGUUGUAUUAGCACCAUUUGCUCAACUACUAAUUGAAACAUAUGGCUGGAAAGGUGCUCUACUGAUAUUUGGUGGCAUAUUUUUGAACCUUCUGCCUUCCAGCAUGCUGCUACGGCCAGUGAAUGUUCAGAAAAUGAAAGAUGUAGGAAUGGUAAAUGAAGGCACUCUGAUAUCUGAAACCUGUAAGUUUCCAGAAACAUGUGAAGAUAGCCUAGAUGAAAUCCAUAUCACAGAAGCGGACAUGAAGGCUCAUCCCAGUCAGAAAUACGAUCAUCAAAACAAUCCAAAACAAGCUGAGGAAGCACGAUUAACCCCAGUAAACUACAACUUGUUUGACAUUCAAGUAAAAGAUCCCCGCCCAGGAACACACCAAAACAACAAUGACAACCAAGCAACCACUCAAAGCUCCUUUCGAAACAAGGAAGAAAACAUCAAGCAAGAACAUUCCCCAUCUUUCUCCUGCAAACAGUGUCCUCUUGACUUUUCCCACCUGAAAAACCCCUUCUUCUACAUUUUUACAUGGUCCUUUCUAUUCAGCCAAGUAGCCUAUAUAAUCCCAACCUUACACUUUGCUGCCAGAGCAAAAACUUUGGGCAUAGAGCCAAUGGACACUGCUUAUAUGAUUACAGUGGCUGGAAUUAUAGAGACAAUCACCUUAUUACUCUCUGGCUGGAUUGCAGAUCAGAACUGGAUCAAAAAGUAUCAUUACCACAAAAUGUACCUCAUUCUUUGUGGAAUUACUAAUUUGAUGUGCCCCCUGGCCACAACCUUACCACUGCUUACAACGUACUCGGUAAUCUUUGCCAUUUUCAGUGGUGGAUACCUUGCCCUGCUGCUUCCUGUGCUGGUAGAUCUUGUAGGUGCCUCCACUUUCCACAGUGCUUUGGGAUUUGCCUCAUUUAUUGCUGGAUUUGGAAUCACCAGUGGACCUCCUCUAGCAGGAUGGAUAUAUGAUUACACUGGGACGUAUGCUUACUCCUUCAUUUUUUCUGGCAUCUGCUUUCUUGUUUCUUCUAUUUCACUAUUUCUUGAACCUUUAGCCCAAAACUGGAAAUUAAAGCAAGAAUAUGAAUGA